UUCCCGGCCGAUUGGCCACAACACUUUUAAUACACAUUAAAUUUAGUGGGAGCGGGAGCACAGGCAUUUGGACACCGCAUCAUUGGGCAAGAGCUGAUGGAAAAGUACAAUCCGUGAAUAAACUUUAAACACAUUUGAAAGAACUUCAACUCUGCGCGGACCAUCUUCGCAUGCCCAACGAUCCGGAUUACUUCAGGUGGUAGAUCUGCUCCAAGCGGCUGGCCAUCCGGAUUACCUACGAUGUAUCAUGCGGAGCGAAAGGAUCUUACGAGUAAGGCGCCGCGACGCGGCUGCUACUUCUCGCUGGCCUUCUCCAUCGGUUCGAUGGGAUUGGCCUGCGGUAGCCUGUGGCAGAUUCCCAACAGCAGUGACCGCAUCUCGCUGCAGCGCGGCUUAGUUCUCACCUCGCUGGGAUUCAUAUACUUCGUCUCGUUGACCGACUUCUGCAACAAAUAUCUGCUGGAGACCAGCCAUGGCCAGCGAUUCCGCCGCAAGUACCGCCUAAUGAUGUCCGACGUUCUGGAGAUCACCAACAAAAUCGUUUCCGCCAUUCAGGCUUCCUUCUCCUUCCUCGUGGGACUCAUCGUCUGCAAGUCAACGUGCACCAAGUCCUUUGUAUAUGCAUCGCACUUCUUGAUGGAGGCGUACGGCUGGUUCGGUACCGCCUACUUUAUGUAUGACAUCUGGUCGAUGUAUAAGGUGCACACCCAGAAGAUUGCCGACAAGCUGCACCUUCUGCGAAUUACCAAAGGUCAGGGAACGUCGGUGAGCAAUGGUCAUGCCAAUGGCAAGGCCAAUGGCAAGUCAUCUGGCGGCAAUAACAAUGGCAGCACGCCCGGAACCCCAAACGAGAUCUGCGACUAUGACGGCGCUUGUGUGCAGAUUCCCAAGGACGGUAAAUGGGACUUCCUGAAGUAUGUCUUCACGCAUCCAGUUAUGAUGAUACACCACGUCUUUAUCGGAACGUUUGGGCUGCUGGUGGUGACGUACAUUCGAGGUGGGGGUCACUGCAUCUAUAGCUACAUGUUCAUGAUGGAGUUCUCCACGCCGUUCGUCUCGCUGCGCAGCAUCCUGAGCACCAUGCGCUUGAAGGAUUCGCGCAUAUACAUUGCUAAUGGACUGCUUAUGCUGGCCACCUUUUUCGUGUGCCGCGUCUGCAUGUGGCCAUAUGUGAUGUGGCGCUACAGCCUGGCCAUCGAGGCUGCUUCGAUGUGGGCGGCUAUGUGUGGCCUACCACGAGGAUGUCUCGUCAGCAUCGCCAUUCUGUUCUUGCCACAGCUCUACUGGUUCUAUCUGAUGGUCUUGGGGGCUCUUAAGGUCUUCCUACCGCAGAAGCGGAGACCGCCCAAUGCUGUCCUUCCAUCCGCGCCCACCGCCCUAAUAAAUGGCAAAAACUAGUGCAAAUUGUAACCUGUUUGUUUGUAUCCAUGUAUUUAUUUUGAGGCAGAGUUCCAGCCGCUUCCAUUUUGCGGAGAUCUUGCUAUUGUUUAUACAUUUUUAACAAUUAAUUAUACAACAAGGACCCUCUAACAGACUCAUCGAGACGGACGGAGAAACUAACACUGAGCCAGAAGCGAGGAUAACGAAGAAACUAAGACCAGGGACAGAGACGUUUAGUUUUAGAAAGACAUUAUUUACUAAAAAAAACAAACAAAAAAAAACAAGAAGAACGUGAAAAACUAAGAACAAAAAACAAAACUAAAACCAAAUGCAUAUAGAGCGAAUAAACUAUGUAUGUUGCUUAUUUUUUGAAGCAAGACCCCCAUAACCAUAAA